AUUAUACACUCCUUUAACGCCUGUAGAUUCAGAUGCGCAGCCCUGUGGUUGCAUUCUCGCUCAUCGCAGCGGCCGCGGUCUCCUCUGCGUCCGCCGCCAACUUCCCCAAAUCCCCCGACCUGAGCACCGGCAGCCUCUCCCCUCCCGCAGACUUCCUGGAGAACAGACCAGGGGUGAUCAGCAACUAUGUGCAUGGCAAGCGUCGCGACAUACCAGCCGGUCUGGGUACCGUAAAUGCAGCCGUGCACGAUCCUCCCAGGCCAAACCGUGACCUGGUCGCGCAUGAGCGAAGGGCGCCAGGGGAGCGCAGAGUCGGGUCUGACAGGGCUGACGCAAGGCAGGACGAUGGACACGCGCCGCCGCCCAGACCAGAGCACCCCCGCCCUGCUGACGGUGCCACAGGCUGCAACACCGGUAAUACCAACGCAGCGAACGUGGCAGGAGUUGAGCAGAACAGCCCGCUUGCUGUGGUAACAGGUAAUCCAGACGGAGGGGUGUCCUGUACAGGCAACGUCCACGGCGAGCCCGCAGAUCAGACAGGCCAGCUCGGCUCAGGCGAGAGUGUCGUCUCUCCAGACGCCGCUCCGGAAGAAGGCAGCGACGUCUUCAAUACGAACAUUUCUGACCUCCUCGGUCAGAACGACACGUCCUCUUCCGACAACGCCAUUGACUCCAACGCCGGCGAAACCAACGAUAUCGCGCAGCCCGCAUUUAACGCCAACGGAUACCCCAUCUACCCCGGAACCCGCACCACGCAGGCUCGCAGGGGACUUAGCACACUCACACCCACGGACGCGCGCUCGAGCCUGUACGAAGUCGUCAACAGCACGAGCCAGAUCGCCAUCCGAGACGAACAUCACCACCACCAGGCGCUCAUCCGAAGACUCAAGAUGAGCGGCGCUCGUGUACCGCGGAGCGGCGCAGAUGUCGAUUCUGCAUACGAGAACGACCCGGUUCUCGACCAUGUGACAGCCGAGGGGAAACCGGGCGAGAGCACACAAGGCGCCGCCAUCCCAGGGAUUGGCACACCGCAGCAUCCCGGUGGGAAUGCCUAUCCCGGGGCGGUAGGGUCCAGCAGAGGAGGCAGGGUCAUUGAGAGCGGCAACGUAAUCAACGGCGAGGGAGCAUCGAACGUGCCUGGUGCGGGAGGACGGUCCCAGAGUGGGACUGCUGUCGGCGGCAAUGGUGUACUCUGAUCUGCAUCUGGCCAUUGCGGAGGACGUGUUCAGAGUUUCUUAUAUAUUCUAGCUUUGUGUAUCAUACCCUCAGUUAUUUGUAGCCCUAUGGAUUUGUGUCGAACGCGUUCUCACC